AUGCCUGAUCGUUCAGAAGUCGCCUAUUUUGGCGCCGGUCCUGCCCCUCUCCCUACCCCUGUCAUCGAGACCGCUGCUCGAGCAUUCGUCAACUUCCAAGACACCGGGCUCUCCCUGGCAGAAAUCUCACAUCGCUCUUCGACAGCCAACAAGGUCCUUGCCGACGCCAAGGAGGCCUUGGCAACUCUGUAUGAUAUCCCGACGGAUGACUACGACAUCAUAUUUAUGCAAGCAGGAGGCACCGGAGAGUUUAGUGCCGCCCUGCAGAAUCUCGUAGGAUGUUGGAUCGAGCGGCGUCGGAGGAAGGCCGUGGCAGAUCUGGGGGAAGGCAAGGACGCCGAAGUGCUGGAGCGGGUCAAGAAAGAGAUCGAGGCCGAGUUGAAGGUCGACUAUCUGAUCACGGGGUCUUGGUCCCUCAAGGCCAGUCAGGAAGCCACGAGACUCAUUGGAGCAAGAUAUGUCAACGUCGCCACGGACGCCAGGAAGGCUAACAACGGGAAGUUUGGGACGAUUCCCGACGAAAGCGAGUGGUGUCUCACCCCUCGGGCGAGUGCAAUGACUUAUUUGUGCGACAACGAGACGGUCGACGGUGUCGAAUUCCCCCGAUUCCCCCAAGUCUUGGAGAAUAGCAGUGGGAAUGAAGAAGACGACCGGAUUGUGGUGGCAGACAUGUCGAGCAAUUUCCUCAGUCGAAAAAUUGACGUUCGAAAAUAUGGAGUUAUCUUUGGUGGCGCUCAAAAGAAUCUCGGGAUCGCUGGCAUUACCGUGGUCAUCAUUCGGAAAUCCUUGCUAAAUCUUGUUCCGCCCCCAACGUUCCUCCACGCCUUGUCCCCUGUGAUCCCGACCUCAGGGUGUCUACCGCCCAUUAUGCUCUCUUUCUCAACCAUCGCCGCCAACAACAGUCUCUAUAACACCCUUCCGAUAUUCAACCUGUACGUAGCGACCCUGGUCCUGCAGCGCCUCGUUUCCACAUUCGGAUCGAGCAAAGUAUCUGGCCAGGAAGAGGUCGCCGACCAGAAGGCCCAACUCUUAUACGAUACCCUCGACUCUUACCCUGACACGUACCACGUGGUGCCGCACAAGACUGCGAGGAGCAGAAUGAACAUCUGCUUCCGGAUCAUCUCCGGACCCAAGUCAGCGAGCGGAGAAGUGGUGCCUGAUGAAGCCAAGGAAAAAGCCUUCCUUGCCGGCGCGGAAAAGCGCGGGCUACUUGGCCUCAAGGGUCAUCGCUCAGUCGGUGGGAUGAGGGCCAGCAACUAUAACGCCGUCCCGCUGGAAAAUGUCCAGAAACUGGCCAGUUGGCUGGUGGAAUUUGCCAGAUCAUGA